AUGGCAAAGAAAAAGUCAGUGAAAUCGAAUAACGGACUCAACGAUGAACGGUUCUCUCGAAUCAAGUCUGAUCCAAUGUUUUCAGGACUCAAAAGUUCCGACAAGAAGGUUGUCAUCGAUAAACGCUUCGCUGCUGCUCUCACAGAUGAACGCUUCUCGACUCGAGCAAAAGUUGACAUGCGAGGAAGGAAGCAGAAAAAAACCGUAGGAAAUAACAUGUUGGAUUUAUAUGAGUUGGAAGAGGAUGAGGAUGAUCAACAGAAAAACAAAAAAUCAACAGAGAAAAAACUGAAAAAUAAGAGGAAGAAGGUCGAAGAAGAUGACAAGGAGUUGGACGAGUUUUUCGACGAGAAUGACGGAGAAGAAGAAGAGGUCGAUGAUGAAGAGGACGCAGAUGAUGAAAAAGAAGGUACAGAUAAUGAAGAAGUCGAAGAUGAGAAGGAGAAGACCGUUGGCUUGAACGGUUUCAAGAAACUCGAUUUGGCUCGUGGAGAGGGAAAUGUCGAUUCUUCAUCAGAUGACGAUUCUAGUGAUGAAGAGGAAGAUGAGUUAGAUGAACAAGAACAAGGCAUUGAGUUGGACUUGGCAAACUUGGAUAGAGACGUUGAUCAAGUUGAAUGGACAUCAAGACGGUUAGCUGUGUGCAAUCUCGAAUGGGAUCAGAUGAAUUGUGAGGACAUUCUGAUGCUUGUGAAAUCAUUUACUCCACAAGAAGGUUCCGUAGUUUCCGUUGGAAUCUAUCUCUCAGAUUUUGGCAAGGAGGAAUUGGAAAAAGAAGAAAAAACAGGACCCGCACUGAAAUUGGCGAAACCUGUGGAAGAAUACAAAGAGGAUGAGAUGGACGAUGAAACUCGAACAGCAGUACGAGAGUACCUUGUAAACAAGCUCAAACACUAUUACGCCGUUAUCACUUUUGACUCCGUUCCAUCGGCAGUAGCAGUUUACGAAGAAUGCGAUGGAUUCCAAUUUGAAGAGACUGGUCUGAAAAUGGAUAUGCGAUUCAUUCCAGAUGAUAUGGAAUUUGAGGAAGACCGUGUCAAAGAAUUUCUGAACGCUGAAGACGUCAAUAUGGCCAAGUACAAGGCGAAGAAGAAGUCGAAAAGUGCAAUCAUCUCGACAGGAGCAAAAAUCGGUUGGGAUGAAGAUGAUCCAUCGAGAAAAAAGAAGUUUCUCGAGGCUUUCAAUGGAGAUGAAGAAGCUGGAAAAGAUCUCAUCGUUGAUUCAGAUGACUCCGAUGAUGAUGAGUCUAAUAGAAAUAAAUUGAUGGCCCUUCUGCAUACGGAUGAACGGAAAUCCAAGUUGGAUGUAGACUGGGAAGGAGAAGAAAAGGAUGACGAUGAUGAUGGAAGUGAUUCAUCUGAUGGUGAAUAUGUAAAAGUGGACGAUGACGAUGAUGAGAUUGGCGUCAAAAAUAAGAAUAAGGAUUCCGACGAUGAGGAGGAAGACGUUGAAACUAAACAGGAAGAGGAGAAACUGACGGGUUAUAAGGCUUACAAAAAGAAGCAGAAAGCUAAGUUAAUGGAGAACAAACUGAAGAGGAAGGGAACAGCAGCAGGAGAAGCAGUAGCAAAUAUCAAGACAGUUGCUGCCGCUGAAACCAUUGCCAGCGACGACAGAUUCUCUGCUCUCUUCACUGACUCUGCAUUCGCCAUCGAGCCAAGUUCCAAGAAGUUCAAGGGAUCACUCCUUGUUUCAAAACAAGCUGAACAGAAACUGAAGGGAUCCACUAUUUCCAAUGAAUCAAAACCAUCUUCCCAGCCGGAGGAUCUUGUCCAAAAACUGAAGAAGCAAGCGGACAAGUGGAACAAAAAGAAGUCUGCUCCAAGAAUCUAA